UCUGAUAUACGGGACGGAGGGGUUCAUCUCUCCGCCCGCGGCUUCGCUCCUGCCGCCAGCCGCCGUGCCUUCCCUCCGGCAGCUCGUUCCGCCCGUCCUCCUCCGCGUCUCUCCCCCCCGUUCGGCCCUGACCCCGAGUUCCGCCGAGCUCCUUCGCCCUAGCCUUACCUCCUCCACGGCCAACGACGGGCCACGGCGGCGCUCCGGCCUGGCCCUCGGAGAAACGGUGAGCGCCAAUAAUUUCGGAACCCUAGCUUUGGGGAUUUCAGUUGUCCUCAGACUGAAGUAUGAGCUGCUGCCCUUCCUCGCGCGCGCCGGCACCGGCACCCGCGCUCGAAGACGAGAAUCUCCUCCAGGAGAUCCUCCUCCGCCUCCCUCCGCAGCCGUCCUCGCUCCCCCGCGCCUCCCUCGUCUGCAAACGCUGGCGCGGCAUCCUCUCCGACCCCAAAUUCCUCCGCCGCUUCCGUAAGCGCCACCGCGAGCCUCCCCUGCUCGGCUUCUUCGCGGGGCAUAUCGGCGUCGAACCCGUCUUCACCGCCGUCCUAGACUCGCCCGACCGCAUCCCUCCUGCCCGCUUCUCCGCGCCGUGGAGCCACCGCCCCGGCCGCGACCGGUGUCAAUUCAUGGGCUGCCGCCAUGGCCUCGCCAUCCUGAUCAAUGCCCAUUCAUGCGAGGUUGUCGUGCGGGAUCCCCUCACUGGCCAGCAGCGCCGCGUGCCUUUUCCGCCGGGGCUCUGCAACAAUGAGAGGAGGGGCAGCGGCUGGCGCUGGCACGCCGCAGUCCUAUGCACUGAACCCGAGGAUGGGCAUGUGCAUGGUGAUUGCCUCUGGAGCCCGUUCAAACUGGUGUUGGUGCGCGGCAGAUGCUCGCGGGCUUUCGCUUGCCUCUACGAGUCCGUGCCCGGUGUAUGGGGAGAUAUCGUCUCAAUGGCGACUACUCAUGCGAUCCAUCCAAUAAGACCAAGCGUCCUCGUUGGAGAUGCGCUCUACUGGUUAUUUUCUGAUGGUGCCAUGCUCGCGUUUAAUGUCGAAGCCCAGACUCUUGGUGUGGUAGAGAAGCCAGGGAAUGCCCAUUGUACUGGAUUCUGGUCCUGUCAGCCCUUACGGACAGAUGGCGGUACCGGCCUUGGCCUCGCAGUUGUGUCGAAGCUGAGCAUCCAACUGUGGAAGAGGAAAUCAAACUGCAAUGGCGUUGUCGGGUGGGUGUUGACGCACAAAACCAUUCAGCUGGAGGGGAUGUUUCCACGGGAAAUGCCUUGGGAUGACAGCCGGGUACUUUUGGUGGGGUAUGAUGAGGACACAAAUGUGAUUGUUCUAUCUACAAGGAUUGGAAGGUUCAUGCUCCAGCUUGAGUCGAUGCAGAUCAGGAAGAUUUCUGGAAGAAUGGAAAAUGGCAAUCGUUUAAUGGAAUUUUAUCCCUACACAAAUUUCUACUAUACUCCAGGAAGGGUCAUUGCUGGUGGAGAUGGAGGAGCUGAAAAUGUGAACAAGUACCUAGACUUCUCUUGGGUCUGCCGAGACACGGUAAUGCUUUGCUGUGGGUUCUUCUGCUUUUGUAUGCUGUCGUCGCUGAUGUGGUUGAUGCUGAAACCGAUGCCCUAUGUAGUUUCUAGGUUCUUCCGGCUUGCGUGACAUGUCAUGUGAAGUGGACUUGUAGGAUUUAAUCAUGUAAUUUGCUUGCUUCUUUGUAUCAUUGCUGCCUGCUAACGUCCGUAGACAUGAGUCCACUAGACAGUGGCUUGUCUGAGUUGCUUCGGAUAAUGCUUCGAACUGUCGGUUAAUUGGUACAUUGUGGUUCAUUUGCUUAGCAAGUUUCAGUGGGAGCUCUGCAUGUGUUCUGCAUUUUUUUU